UUAAGAAUUCCGUCUAACGCUCCUCCUUCGUUCUCUUCCUCAUCUGCCUGCUCUCUGUCUUUUUGUGUCUCUGUCUCAGCUCUGCGUACCGUACGUCUUUCGUCCGCGUGGCCUCUUUUGUCUCCUCUGUCUUCUAUAUAUCCCAAUGCCCGUGCCAAAGCUCUCUGCGCGUCUGCGUAAGCGCCGCGAGCUCUCGGAUGUCGACAUCAACCAUCUGAAUCAGACCAAAGGGGAAGACAAUCUUUCGUCAGCCGCUGCUUCUUCACGUACUCUUCAUCACCACAACUUCCCUUCCUUUUCUACUUCCUUUGACGACGACUGCUCUGCCGGCCUGGACACUCCUUCUCCCUCCCCUCAAAAGAAUCUUCGCAAGAGCAGAAGCAUGCACAAACUAUCUGCCGUUUUUGGAAAGCUGAAGCUUCGCAAGAAGCACAGCGUCUCGUCUCUAUCCGAGGACAGCGCUUCCUCGCACUCCCACUCCUUCAAGCACCGCUGCGAGUCCUACACCACCUCUGCCUCAGACUCGACCUGCACCUCGCAGUCAACAUUCACAGUACUCGAAUCUUCUGCAUCCUCGGCCACCUCGGCUACCGAAGUGUUUGACACCAAGGACGCCGUCGACGAUGUCUGGCCGUCACUUUACGAUCUCGACGAAGGUCUCGACGGACUGGACGAGGCCGAUGAAAUCCGCUUCCCUCAACCACCAAAUCUCUCUACCGCCGACCCACUCCCUUCCGACUCUCUCCCGCAAAACCUGCCCCUCAGCGAUCCCCUGCCAGACAAAUACGCGGUCGACAUCGAGAUCUGCCCGAGUGCCAACGAAAACCUCGAGCGCUGCCUGGAGCGGAAACACGAGGUUGUCGAGGACGGUGUGUACUCCUACUACUUCACCCGACGCGAUAUCGUCUGGGUCAUGAACGAUGGCUCUCAGGAGAUGACGAAUGCUUCGGUGCAGAUGAUUAACUACGCGCCGUUCUUUGACGGCGGUAUACCAGCUGAAGAGCGCAUUGUUGUCAUCUCCUAACUGUCCACACUUUCUCUCUUUUUUUCACUCUUUUUUUCCUACAUAUUGCAUCAUCUAAUGGUCUCGGUUUUGCACGUUUCAUAGAGAGAUCUGGUUUUACAUAGCAAAAAGUUGCAGAUCACUGCACUCGUACAUAUAUUAUAGAGGAAGCUCAGUUGUUUGCGUGCUGAUUUGCGAAAAAAGAAUACGUUGUGGAGUUGGCUGAAUAGUUCUAAUUGAUUGUAAAAUAUUGUAAAAAGUUUUA